AUGGGCAGCAAACUGAAGAAGUCGACCAAGAAAUUCGAGAAGAAACAUCUGCACGAUGUGCUCGAGCGGCGCAAGGAAAUCGCCAAAAUCAAGCAGCGGCAGCAGCUGAGAGAGAAGAAAAAGGCGAAAAAUGCCGAACUGCGGGAGAAGGCUGCUGCGGAGCGCCAGGAAGACCCCAAGGAGCAGGAGAGGGAGAAGGCCUUUGCGGAAAUGAACGUCGACGACUUUUUCGCCGGCGGGUUCGAUAUCCCUACGGAAAACGGCAAGAAGGCGCAGAAGAAGGACGUGACGCCGAAAACCGGAAAGCGGAAGCGGACGGAAGAUCAGGAGGAUGAGGCCUCGCAGUCAGGAAGCGCAGAGAGUGAGGGCUCAGCAGUGGAGAGUGACGAUGACGACGAUGCGUCCUCUCAGGCCAGCAGUGUGGGCGACAUCGAGGAACACAAGGGACAGCUGGCAGCGUUGAAGGAGAAGGACCCGGAGUUCUACAAGUAUCUUCAGGAAAAUGAUGCCGAACUACUGGACUUCGGCGAUCAUGGUGAUCUGGCGGAGGUUGAUGAACUCAGCGAUGCAGAGGAAGAGGGCCCCGCCAAGAAGAAAAAGAAGAAAGACGAAGACGAAUCGGAGGACAACAAGCUCACCCUUGCGAUGGUGAAGAAGUGGCAGAAUUCCAUGCAAGAACAGCAUUCGAUGCGGGCAAUGCGGCAGGCAGUGCUAGCUUUCCGCUCCGCAGCCUAUAUGCACGACGCGGACACCCAGAACACCAGAUACUCCAUCUCUGAUCCCGAUGUGUACCAUCAGGUGCUGGUCACUGGUUUGGAAAUGGUGCCCAAGGUCCUGGCACACCAUUUGCCGGUGAAGGAGACCGCAUCGGGCAAAGUCAGAGUAUCGCUCGAUUCGAAGAAGUUCAAGACCCUGUCACCGCUCAUCAAGUCCCAUACCUAUUCCAUCCACCAGCUCCUUACUAGCCUGUCUGACGCGCCCACCCUGAAGUUGACUCUCUCGUCGAUCGAGCCCAUGCUGCCAUACCUCCUACAGUUCCGGAAGCUACUCAAGGUGCUAGUCAAGACCGUGGUCGGCAUUUGGUCGGAUUAUUCCAACACGGAAGCCACCCGGAUUACGGCAUUUCUCCUCCUACGUCGCCUGAUGGUGAUUGGAGAUGCUGGGAUCCGGGAAGCGGUCUUGAAAGCCACAUACGAGGGUGUUGUCAAGGGAAGCCGCAACACGACGGUCCACACGCUUCCGGGAGUCAAUCUGACGAAAAACUCGGCUGCAGAGAUCUGGGGAAUUGAUCAGAAUAUUUCUUACACGACGGGCUUCACUUUCAUCCGCCAACUGGCGAUUCAUCUCCGGGGAAGCAUUACAAACCCGACUAAAGAUUCUUACAAGACCAUCUACAACUGGCAAUAUGUGCACUCGCUUGACUUCUGGUCCCGGGUGCUCUCGCAACAUUGUGAUGCCCUGACGGAGGCCAAGGCUGGGAAGCAAUCUGCACUGCGACCACUUAUCUAUCCUGUGGUUCAGAUUACCCUCGGUGCGAUGCGCCUAAUUCCCACGCCGCAGUAUUUCCCACUCCGCUUCCAACUCACCCGUGCUCUACUGCGGAUCUCUCGUACGACGGGCACCUACAUCCCACUGGCUCCUGCGCUCUUGGAAGUGCUCAAUUCGGCUGAGAUGCGCAAGAAACCCAAGUCCAGCACCCUCAAGCCCCUCGAUUUCAAUACGAACAUUCGUGCACCGAAAUCAUACCUCCGCACCCGCGUCUACCAAGAUGGUGUCGGCGAGCAGGUCGCGGAACUGCUAUCCGAAUUCUUCGUCCUCUGGAGCAAGCACAUUGCUUUCCCAGAAUUGUCCCUCCCCGUCGUGGUGAUGCUGAAGCGCUGGCUCAAGGAGGUGGUAUCUCGUACGAGCGGGAACAAAAACGGCAAAGUCAAUCAGAUGAUCCUGGUGCUCGUGCAAAAGAUCGAGCUCAACUCGCGAUGGAUCGAGGAGCGGCGCUCCAAGGUUACGUUCGCGCCAAAAGAUCGGGCUGAGGUGGAGUCUUUCCUGAAGGACACCGACUGGGAGACGACCCCACUCGGUGCGUUUGUCAAGACGCAGCGGAAGUUGCGUGAAGAGAGGGCGGCACUUAUGGAAAAGGGUAGACAGGAGGAAGAGAAGCGGAGGAGGGAGAAUGGAGACGAGGACGAACUGAUGGAGGAUGUGGUAAGUGACGACGAGGAUGGCGAAGAUGAGGUGGAGGAGGAUUCUGACGAUGACGACGAGGAGGACGAGGAGGAAGAGGACGAUGAAUAG